AUCGUCGACUUGUUUCUUUCAAGCCGUUUUCUUGCCAAUCAGAUCACUUUAACCCAUCGUUUGGGAGGAGAGACGAUUGUGUACAAAGAAGGUUCCUCCAUUUGCAUCCGCCCCGUAUCCCUCUGCACCAGCAUGUUCUCCACAGCGACACGUCGGUGCUCACGCUAUGCGACAAACUCGGCUGUUUGCGCUUCCAAGCAGCGGCGAUUCCAAGGCUCUGUGGCCAGCCGUCGUCAAAGCGAGGCAACAGCUUUCACAGCUCAAACGCAAAAGGCAAGCCCUGAGCCCCUCCAGCCAUUGAAGAAACAGCAAACGUCCAUCCCAUCCCCGACAAGAGCAGCACCUGCCCAAACGGCGGCAAGAAAUGACCCUGUGGUCGACUCCACUUUUGUUGGCAUGACGGGUGGCGAGAUCUUCCACGAGAUGAUGCUGAGACAAGGAGUGAAAACUGUCUUCGGUUACCCGGGUGGAGCAAUCCUGCCUGUAUAUGAUGCCAUUUAUAACAGCGAUUACUUUGAUUUUGUCCUGCCAAGACAUGAACAAGGAGCUGGACACAUGGCCGAGGGAUAUGCUCGUGUAACCGGAAAGCCAGGUGUUGUUCUGGUGACAUCGGGACCGGGGGCCACAAACGUUGUCACACCUAUGCAGGACGCUCUCUCAGACGGCACUCCUAUGGUGGUAUUCUGUGGGCAGGUCCCAACCUCAGCCAUUGGGACUGACGCCUUCCAGGAGGCUGACGUUGUCGGUAUCAGCAGAUCUUGUACAAAAUGGAAUGUAAUGGUGAAGGACAUUGCUGAACUGCCACGCCGUAUCAAUGAAGCAUUCGAGAUCGCAACGUCCGGUCGUCCGGGACCGGUCUUGGUGGACUUGCCCAAGGACGUGACUGCUGGCACACUUACGAAGCCUAUCGUUGGCGGCUUCGGCCCGUCUAUUCCUGGGCGAAAACCCUUGACGGCUAGUUCAGAGCCUUCUCCUGUUACCCUCGAAAACAUUGCCGCUGUUGCCAAGGCUCUCAACCGUGCCGAGAAGCCUCUCUUGUAUGUGGGGCAGGGCAUGCUUGCUACACCAGAGGGCCCGAAAAUUUUGCGCGAGUUGGUGGAGAAGGCAAACGUACCUGUCACUACUACGCUUCAAGGAUUGGGAGCAUUUGAUGAAGAGGACCCACGGAGUUUGCACAUGCUUGGAAUGCACGGUGCAGCGUAUGCCAAUCUCGCGAUGCAAACAGCCGACGUUAUCGUUGCUCUUGGUGCCAGAUUCGAUGAUCGUGUCACCGGAAAUCUGAAAAAAUUUGCCCCUGCGGCAAAACAGGCAGCUUUGAAAGGAAAGGGGGGUAUUUACCACUUUGAGAUCAUGCCCAAAAACAUCAAUAAAGUGGUGGAAGCUACCUUGGCGAUUGAAGGUGACGUGUCGGCGAAUGUGCGCCGUCUUUUGGACCACGUUAAACACCGACAGCGGGACGCGUGGUUCGAUCAAUUGGCGACAUGGAAGAGAAAAUACCCAUUCUCGUAUACUCCAUCAGUCCCUGGCACCGCUAUGAAACCACAAGCUGUUAUCGAGGAGCUGAAUCGACAGGUGGCCCACAUGAAGGAAAAUGUGAUUAUCACUACUGGCGUCGGUCAACACCAAAUGUGGGCCGCCCAGUACUACCGCUGGAGAUCACCACGUACAUUUGUAACGUCCGGUGGUCUCGGAACUAUGGGCUUCGGUCUCCCCUCUGCCAUUGGUGCCAAAGUGGCAUUCCCGGAAAAAAUUGUCGUGGAUAUUGAUGGCGAUGCUUCCUUCUCAAUGACGGGAAUGGAAAUGAUGACGGCAAGGCAGUUUAACAUUGGUGUCAAGGUCUUGAUCCUGAACAAUGACUUCCAGGGAAUGGUAAAACAAUGGCAAGAUCUCUUCUACGACAAGCGAUACUCGGGCACUGUGAUGCGUAACCCUGACUUUGUCAAGUUUGCUGAGUCUAUGGGCUGCAAGGGUAUUCGUGCACGUACUAUGGACGAGCUACCAAAUGCGAUGCAAGAGUUUCUGGAGACGGAUGAGCCUGUUAUCCUGGACGCCAUUGUUUGCAAGCAUGAGCAUGUAUACCCUAUGGUCCCCGCUGGCAAAGCUUUGCACGAGAUGGAGCUUGGAGCCAUUCAAAUUGAUGAGCCACAUCACAAAUUUGCCAAUUCAUAUCUUGCACCAUAGAGGAUGAAUGGGUUGGAGCUUUGGUUAGAUGGCUAGGGAGCCCGGGUGCAUCGAUUCCGUUUGGGGGAUGGCAACGUGUGAUGGUUGUCGUCCCCAUAUUUUAAUGUCGUCGUCUUCACUUUAUGUUUUUCUUUUGUAAUAUAAAAUCGUUGGAAUGGUAUCUGUUGCUGUGAAAUGCAGGCGACAGUUGUUCUGACGCGUGAGGUCAUCAACCGCGCUCCAAAAC